AUUGUUUUGCCAACUGUUAUCAUCUACGUUUUCAUAUUUCUUGCCGGUGUAUUUGGUAACGUUUGUACUUGCGCUGUGAUCGCCAGCUGCUCAUUUAUGCAUAGCACAACGAAUUAUUAUCUCUUCAGCUUGGCUAUUUCCGAUCUUCUGAUCCUGAUUAUCGGCUUGCCUAUGGAAUUGUAUGAUGUUUUGGGCAGCACAUACCCAUACAAAUUUGGUUCCGUUAUAUGCAAAUUACGGGCAUUUCUCGUGGAAUUUACAUCUUAUGCAUCAAUUCUUAUCAUAUCAGCAUUUACAACGGAACGCUGGUUCGCCAUUUGUUUCCCUCUGCACACUCGUCAUUCGUCAUCGAUGACGCGGGCAUUUAAGGUUAUCCCGAUUGCAUGGUCCAUCGCCUUUCUCGCUGCACUUCCAAUGGCUUUCGUCGUAAAAGUUAAUCGGCUUGCGUUGCCUCUCGCAGCCAUAAACAGCUCAUGGAGCCAUCUGGUCUCGGAUGACGGCCAAACAAUUAUAAAUACUGAGUUUUGCGCAAUGGAUGUUAAUAAACCGAAUGCUCAAAAAUUUCUAAUUUACUUCGCCUUUACCGUAUUUUUUCUUCUACCUGGUAAAAGAUUAUUUCUUUCUCGCAUUUGCCUUUCUUUCUCAUAUUUCAAAGACAAAUAUCAAAAGAAAAGCUUAGGCAGAAAUACAGUUGUAGGUGUCAUAAACGGAAUUACUUUCGAAAAUGGUGACAGAGCCGCAGGAAAUCCAUACUACUCAGCCUCGUAUCCAAAUGCACUACACCACCAGCUUUUGUCCUCCAAAAUCCACCCGGCAGCAUAUCUGUUCCAAAAUCAACCUAACAGCAUACUUUUCAAAGCAAAAUACGCUAUUUUCCUAGUUGCUUCCCACAGACAGCAUACAUUUUCUUCUCUUUGUGACGGUUUCUUCUUUGUCGGCUUUUGCGGGCUUUCCACGAUGUCAGAGAAUCAGCGACCAAUUCCCAGAAUAUUUGGUGUGAUAAAAACUGAAAUUAAAAUCUUCCGGGUUCCUAAACGCGCAUUAGUGAAAAAAACACAACGGAAUUGCUACGCGUGUUCGAUUUUGCUACGCAUACGUGCUGUUUGUACCCGUUGUCUGCUUGAUGCAGGCGCGCCAUGUCUUCGUGGACUUUUGCGGCGAUUACUAUCAGUUUAUCAGCGAAAAUACAGCUGCUGA